AUGACCGCUGAAUCAUCUCAAUCAAAUAAGAUACAUCCUUUAGAAAUUGCUCAAACAACCAAGAUCAAGCAUCGAAAUGCUGAUGGAAUGCAUUGGUUUGUCGCAGCCAUCUUCAUUGUCGGCGAUAUGUUAGGAGCUGGAAUGAUCGCUUUACCUGUGGCUUUAGGCCAUACUGGCUUGUACAUGGGUAUCUCACUGAUUCUGUUAGCUUCCCUCUUCUCCGGAGUUACUGGUCUUCAACUUGGUUACUCAUGGGCUAUGAUGCAGGUUCGAUGGCCUCAAUACCAAGAACAUUGCCGCAGGCCAUAUCCAGAGAUCGCUUAUCGAGCCUUAGGAAGAUCAGCUAGAACAUUUGUAUCUAUAAUUGUGUGUGUCACACAGUUCGGGUUGAUCACUGUACUGACUAUCUUGGCAGCUAAGAACUUAUCAAAUUUCUUAUUGGCUAUUUUCGAUGUACAUUUGCAUUUCUGUUUCAUUGUUGUCUUUCUUGGGAUAUUCAUCUCUCCAUUCUGCAUGCUCAGAAGUCCGAAAGACUUUUGGCUCGCAGCGUUUUGCUCAGCCAUUUCAAGUAUCACGGCUGCAACCAUAAUAGUUGUUGGAUCUUUUCAUGAUUCUCCAGCUUGUUCAUCUCACGCUGAGCAUGAGAGCUUCAAUCUCAAGAAUAUGUUACUCGGAUACGGAACUAUUGUCUUCGCUUAUGGGGGGCACGCAGCAUUUCCAACAAUCCAACACGAUAUGAUAAAGCCGUUCCGGUUCAACCGCUCAAUGAUCUUCAGUUAUGCUAUUCUGACCGUUGUUUAUCUAUUGGUUGGCAUUUCUGGAUACUUCGUGUACGGAAACAGCAUGAGAGAUACUAUUGUCCCAUCUCUACAAGUAACAUGGAUGUCCCAAGCUGUUAACAUUAUGAUCACUCUUCAUGUUCUCCCUACAAUAAUCAUCAUUUUCUCGCCUAUUGCUCAGCAAUUUGAAGACUGGACUAGAGUCCCACAUGACUUCUCCUACAAAAGAGUUCUUGCAAGAUCUUUCAUCCUCUGCAUGGUGGUGUUUGUAGGUCUAUCAAUCCCAGACUUUGGAGUGUUUCUGGAUUUGGUCGGAGCAACAACCAUGUCUCUUAUGAGUAUGAUUCUGCCUAGCAUUUUCUUCUUAUAUCUGAAGGCUUCUCAAAUAAAAAGAGAAGCUUUGUUGAAAGAAAAGAAACUUUCUUUAGAUGCUCCUGAUGACUGUAGAGCAACAAUUAAAGACAUAAUGAAGUAUAUCCCAAAGUCACUCCUUAUUCUAUCUGUGAUAUCGUUAGCAUUUGGAAUUAUUGGGGGUUUGGCCGGAACUGUUGCCGCAUUGACAACUCUAUUAACAUCAAGUGAGGUGGCGACCCCAUGUUAUAUCACUUGGUUCCGGGAAGGAAUCAGUUUUGAGAGAACCAUAGCUGGAGCUGUUAAUUGCUGUGGUGGAUUUAGAAAUGUUACAGUGUUCGGUUAUGAUCCUGCCGGCUAUUGCUCAAUCUAA